CUCCGAGUGGCCAUAUUGGAAGGAUCAUGUGUGAGUGUGAUGUGGAGAGCAGCAAAUCUGCAAGAAGACAGAAUUCCUGCACACAGCCUCCUCCUCUGAUGAUGGCGGCCACUGACGCAAAUGAAGACAAGCGGAACCUGGAGCUCGGAGGUCAUGUGGGCUUUGACAGUCUUCCGGAUCAGCUGGUCAGCAAAUCAGUUGCUGCAGGCUUUUGCUUCAACAUCCUCUGUGUAGGCGAGACGGGGAUUGGCAAGUCAACGCUGAUGAACACCCUCUUCAAUACAACAUUUGAAAAUGAAGAAGCCGGCCAUUUUGAGAGUGUGGUCCAGCUACUUCCUCAAAUGUAUGAUCUGCAGGAAAGCAACGUCAAACUCAAGCUGACCGUUGUCCACACUGUUGGAUUUGGAGACCAGAUCAACAAAGAAAGCAGCUAUAAGCCCAUUCUGGACUACAUUGAUGCCCAGUUUGCAAGGUAUCUCGAGGAGGAGCUCAAAAUAAAGCGUUACCUCUUAAACUACCAUGACACAAGAAUCCACAUCUGCCUGUAUUUCAUCGCUCCCACUGGUCACUCCCUGAAAUCCCUGGAUCUCGUCACAAUGAAGAAACUUGACAGCAAGGUGAACAUCAUCCCUGUCAUUGCAAAGGCAGACACAGUCUCCAAGAGUGAGCUGGACAAAUUAAAGAUCAAGAUCAUGAGUGAGCUGGUCAGCAACGGAGUUCAGAUCUAUCAGUUCCCCACAGAGGAUGAAGCUGUCGCAGAGAUCAACUCCUCCAUGAAUGCGCAUCUUCCCUUUGCUGUGGUCGGAAGUGCAGACGACGUUAAAGUAGGAAAUAAGAUGGUGAAAGCACGACUGUACCCGUGGGGAUCAGUACAGGUGGAGAAUGAAAACCACUGUGAUUUUGUGAAGCUGAGAGAGAUGCUUCUGCGCGUGAACAUGGAGGAUCUCCGCGAUCAAACGCACGCUCGCCACUACGAACUUUACCGUCGCUGCAAGCUGGAGGAGAUGGGCUUCAAGGACACAGAUCCGGACAGCCAGUCGUUCAGCCUUCAGGAAACGUACGAAGCCAAGAGGAAAGAGUUCAUUGUGGAGCUCCAGCGCAAGGAGGAAGAAAUGAGGCAGUUGUUUGUCAACAAAGUGAAGGAGACGGAAGCCGAGCUGAAAGAAAAGGAAAAAGAGCUUCAUGAGAGGUUUGAGCAACUCAAGCGGCUGCACCAGGAUGAAAAGAAGAAUCUGGAGGAGAAGAGACGAGAGCUUGAAGAGGAGAUGAAUUCCUUCAAUAGAAGAAAGGUUGCAGCUGAGACACUGAUGGGACAGGCGCUGCAAGGCUGCUCACAGCAGCCAUUCAAGAAGGAUAAGGACAAGAAGAACUUCUUUAGUCUUCCAUCUGCGUGCUCCUUAACCUCAGGAAGGAAUUUGAAUUAGAAGAUUUUCUACCACAGCAAAAGAUCACAGACUAACAACCAAGUGUAUUAUUUUUACGAAAAGCGAUAUAACACUUUUAUAGAACUGCACUAACCAUGGUUGGAAGUGAGUCGGUCUGCAGUCUUCAUCAUCUACUAAAUCUUCUCCUCAAAGCUUUUAAGCAGUGCUCUGUAGCAUGGUCUUUGCAUGGCUCAUAACCUUCAUUCCUGCAAGAAUUAAAAGCUUGUCAUUGCCAAAAAUGUACAACCCUCUUUCAUCUGCCAUGUUGUGAUGCUUGCAGUUUCUGACUGAUGGCAGGUUACACUGUGAAGUAUACAGUAUAUUUUAAUGUUUGCUGUUAGAGGUUGAACAGAUAGUACAUUAUAUUAUGAUUUACAAGCACUUUAAAUCAAUCAUAGUUCAAAUGUCUUUAGUCAUUAUCUUCCCUGUGAUCUACAUACCAGUUCCCAUGUUGUCCAAAAGACCUAAUUGUGUUUUUCUCAGUUUUAAACUAUAUGACAUAGCUUUGAUAUAGAUACAUUCAGGAUUAAAGCUAUUAAUGUCAGUAAUCUGUAUUGUGGGUGUGAGUUGGCCCACUUAAAUAUUUGUAUAUCCUUGAGUAAUAAAGAGUUACUUUACUGAAA